AUGUUGCAGUGCUUAGAGGGAUUCAAGUCUUUACUCGCUUCUGUAUUACGUUGUUGUGAUAUUGAUAUUAACCAGCCAAGGGGCCUUGACGAUCCUGAACUUCUUGCAAGGGAGACAGUGUUCAGUGUUAGUGAAAUAGAAGCACUGUAUGAACUCUUCAAAAAGAUCAGCAGUGCUGUAAUUGAUGAUGGGCUGAUUAACAAGGAAGAGUUUCAAUUGGCAUUAUUCAAGACGAAUAAAAAAGAAAGUUUGUUUGCUGAUCGGGUGUUUGAUUUAUUUGACACAAAGCACAAUGGGAUACUGGGUUUUGAAGAGUUUGCUCGCGCCUUAUCCGUUUUCCAUCCAAAUGCCCCUAUUGAUGAUAAGAUUGAAUUUUCCUUUCAAUUAUAUGAUCUCAAGCAGCAGGGUUUUAUUGAAAGACAAGAGGUGAAGCAAAUGGUGGUUGCUACACUUGCAGAAUCUGGUAUGAAUCUAUCAGAUGAUGUUAUAGAAAGUAUAAUCGACAAGACUUUUGAGGAAGCUGAUACAAAGCAUGAUGGCAAGAUUGACAAGGAGGAAUGGAGAAACCUUGUUUUGCGCCAUCCUUCACUUUUGAAGAACAUGACCCUUCAAUAUCUCAAGGACAUCACCACAACAUUCCCAAGCUUUGUAUUCCAUUCACAAGUAGAUGAUACUUAA